AGACCAUGAAUUACGUGGGGCAGCUGGCGGGCCAGGUGUUUGUGACCGUGAAGGAGCUGUACAAGGGGCUGAACCCUGCCACGCUGUCGGGAUGCAUCGACAUCAUCGUCAUCCGUCAGCCCAACGGGAGCCUGCAGUGCUCCCCCUUCCACGUGCGCUUUGGGAAGAUGGGGGUCCUGCGCUCCCGGGAGAAAGUGGUGGACAUAGAAAUCAACGGGGAGUCGGUGGACUUGCACAUGAAGCUGGGAGACAACGGAGAAGCGUUUUUUGUGCAGGAGGCUGAUAACGACCAGGAGGUGAUCCCCAUGUACCUGGCCACCUCCCCCAUCCUGUCGGAAGGGGUGUCGCGGAUGGAGUGCCAGUUGAAAAGGAACUCGGUGGACAGAGUCAGGAGCCUGGACUCUACCACGCCCUCCCAGAGCUUGGCCACCAGUGAGACCCCGUCCAGCUGCUCACUGGUAAAGAAGAGAAGGAAGAGGAGGCGGAAGUCCCAGCUGGACAGCCUGAAAAGAGAUGACAGCAGCCACACGUCGGAGGACGAGGACAUGUUUCCCAUAGAGAUGAGCUCUGACGAGGACACGGGGACCCUGGAUAGCAGCAGAACUCUUCAUACUGACACACUGCCAUUCCAAGACGAUAUUCCUAAGAAGAACCUUCCCUGUGUCUCCCCGUACCCCCAGUCAGCGUCGUACCCCAGUUCUGAUAGAGAGUGGUCCCCCAACCCCAGCAGCCCGGUAGAUUGCAAAAGGACCCCCCCUCAUCUUGUGGUCGCAGCCGAGGGAGUUCUGUCUAGUUCUUGCCCGCCACAGUCCUCCCAUUUCCAUGCUUCGGAAAGUCCCUCAGGGUCCCGACCCUCAACCCCCAAAAGCGACUCAGAAUUGGUCAGCAAGUCCACGGACAGACCCAUGCAGAAGAACAACCUAGAAAUGCUGUGGCUUUGGGGAGAAUUGCCACAGGCUGCAAAGUCAUCUUCUCCACACAAGAUGAAAGAAUCCAGCCCCUUGUGCAGCAGGAAAAUUUGUGAGAAGACUCACUUCCAGGCCAUUCACAGCGAGUCUUCAGAUACCUUCAGUGACCAGUCCCCAACCUUAGUGGAAGCGCCACUCGCAGAGCCCAGCAAGCCUCCCAUGGAAAUGCAGUUUGUGUGUGAAGACGACCUGGAGGCUUUGGGAGCGGCCGCCCCACCUCUACCUAUGGCCGAAGAGCUCAAGUCCCCGGCUGCCAGCUCCUUGCAGAUGGGGGCCAAGAUGGACUCUCCUUCUAGGAAGAAGGAUAAACGGAGUAGACAUCUAGGCGCCGACGGCGUCUACCUCGACGACCUCACGGACAUGGAUCCAGAAGUGGCAGCCCUGUAUUUCCCCAAAAACGGAGACCCCCCGGGGCUCGCCAAGCCUGCCAGCGACUGUGGAGUGCGGUCGGCCAACCAGUCCCCGCAGUCGGUGGGCAGCUCCGGCAUUGACAGCGGCAUGGAGAGCACCUCGGACGGGCUGAGGGACCUGCCCUCCAUCGCCAUCUCCCUCUGUGGGGGGCUCAGCGACCACCGGGAGAUCACAAAAGACGCAUUUCUGGAGCAGGCCGUGUCGUACCAACAGUUUGUGGACAACCCCGCCAUCAUCGACGACCCCAACCUGGUGGUGAAGAUCGGCAAUAAGUAUUAUAAUUGGACAACAGCAGCGCCUCUGCUCCUGGCAAUGCAAGCCUUCCAGAAACCUUUGCCAAAGGCCACCGUGGAAUCUAUCAUGAGGGAUAAGAUGCCCAAAAAGGGAGGAAGAUGGUGGUUUUCCUGGAGGGGCCGAAACACCACAAUCAAAGAGGAAAGUAAGUCAGAGCAGUGCCUGCCUGGAAAGAGCCACAGUACUGGAGAGCAGCCAGCCCAGCUCGGCAUGGCCCCCAGGAUAAAGCACGAGUCAUCCUCCAGUGACGAGGAGCACGCAGCUGCCAAGCCAUCAAGCACCAGCCACCUCCCUCUUCUGGCAAAUGUCAGCUACAAGAAGACGUUGCGGCUCACUUCCGAGCAGCUGAAAAGCCUGAAGCUGAAGAAUGGCCCCAAUGACGUGGUGUUCAGCGUCACCACGCAGUACCAGGGCACCUGCCGCUGCGAGGGCACCAUCUACCUGUGGAACUGGGACGACAAAGUCAUCAUCUCUGACAUCGAUGGCACCAUCACCAGAUCAGAUACCCUUGGCCACAUUUUGCCCACACUCGGGAAGGACUGGACCCACCAGGGGAUCGCUAAGCUGUACCAUAAAGUGAGCCAGAAUGGAUAUAAGUUUCUCUACUGCUCCGCCCGGGCCAUCGGGAUGGCAGACAUGACGCGAGGCUACCUGCAUUGGGUCAACGAGAGGGGCACCGUGCUGCCCCAGGGGCCGCUGCUGCUCAGCCCCAGCAGCCUCUUCUCCGCCCUGCACAGAGAGGUGAUUGAAAAGAAGCCAGAAAAGUUUAAAGUCCAGUGCUUGACAGACAUCAAAAACCUGUUUUUCCCAAACACGGAACCCUUUUACGCUGCUUUUGGAAACCGGCCGGCGGAUGUGUAUUCCUACAAGCAAGUGGGGGUGUCCUUGAACCGCAUCUUCACUGUGAACCCUAAAGGCGAGCUGGUUCAGGAGCACGCCAAGACCAACAUUUCCUCGUACGUGAGACUCUGUGAGGUGGUGGACCACGUGUUCCCACUGCUGAAGCGAGGCCAUUCUUCAGACUUCCCCUGCUCCGACACCUUCAGCAACUUCACCUUCUGGAGAGAGCCGCCGCCGCCUUUUGAAAACCAGGACAUUCACUCUGCCUCAGCCUGACCUGAGCCCGCGGCCCUUGUGAUGGUGCCGGAGACUGGGUGUCGCCCAUUAAAGAAUAGGUUGUGGGGACCCCAGAGUGCCACAGUGUGGCCAUUUUUCUUAGAAAGAUUGAGAAGCACUCUCUUCUGCCCUACCUGCCCCACUUUGUCCGGGGUGACAUUUCUAAGCUGGUGUGGGGGACAGGCCAGGAGCCGGGUGCAGUUAUAAUGUGUGAUUGCUUCUCAUGGGGGCAUAAUACCCACAAUGCCUCGCUCACAGCCUGCCCAGGUGCUCGUUCUCAGUUGCUGCGCAGUGUGGGCAGAGAGAGCCCCGCAGAAGAGGGCUGUCUGAGCAUGUCCUGCUGCGGACAGUGUCCCGUGAGGAUCACCAGAAGUACAUGAUCUGUGGCUAAGGAGGGGCACAUGCGCAGGACAGCCGCGUCCAGGCCCCCUGCCCUUGUGAGGGGCGAGGGCUGUGAGGGGCCAGUC